GUAGACACAGAGAAGACGCAGUUCAUAUUAUUCUACGGGAGAUAAUUCCAAGAUGGCGCGUGGAGGAAUGUGGCAUGUGUUGGUGUUGGUCUACACAAUCUUUCGUAUUCGCAUGAAUACUGCUCAGAUAUUUAUUGGUGAUACGAAUACCCCUGGUAUCCUCUACGCUUCCCUACCGGAACCACGGGAUGAUACCAACAUCAUGGACACCCUCUUCAACCUGAUACCUCUUCCAGAGAAUAGUGGAAUAGAUGGAAUCGACUAUGAUCCAGUGAAUGAAAUGGUGUACUGGAAUGAUUUCAGUGGGAGUCAAAUAAGUCGAAUCCAACUUGACGGCACGAACCAAGAAGUCAUUAUUUCUACGAGCUCCCCUCAUUCUAUCGCUCUCGAUCUGGUGAACGGGAAGAUCUACUGGACGAUGUAUAAUGAUAAGGCUAUCUCACGUGCCAAUCUCGACGGUAGCUCGGUAGAAGAACUCUUCAAAUAUACGAGUUUUGCGCAACCUACUUCAAUCUUGGUGGACCCCGUCAGUGGGUUUCUUCUCUGGUCAACACGCUUAGUCAAUCAAGUUGUCAAGGCAACACUAAACGCCACUAACGAGGAGGUUGUGAGACCCAUCUAUGCUGAGGGGAUGUUCAAUGAGGAAUGUGCUGAUGACACCACCCGCUUGUUUUACUACACGGAAAAGACUAAAUUAGGCGUCACGAAUCUAGACGGGAGUGGCAAUAGAAUCAUCAAAGUAUUCUCCGAAAAAACAAUGGGUAGUUCCCUCAGCAAGUACGGCAGCAAGCUGUUCUGGUCAGCUCAGUCACGUUCGCCGAGUUUUACCCUCACGGGCUUGAUCAACGAGUAUGAUAUGAAGUCAUCAACUCUUACGAUUCACAACAGUACGGUGACAUUGUUAAACGGCGACGAGCUUGUCAUCAGCCCUCUGACCACUCGGAUCAUAUCACACACUCCAUAUAAUGAACCUGUUACCAUCGAGGGUUGCCCUGACAACAUCGUCGUCAACAUCGACGAGAACGCUUCGAAUGCGUCAUCGAUCUCAUGGACCGAGCCCGGACUCAACAGCUGGUCCAGCUGUCCCACAAUGGUCUUUCAGGGAACAGGAACUAAUGGAGGAGAUUUCUCUUUGGGCAUAACCGAGCUGUCCUAUCGGGCCAGUGAUGCGGCAGGAAAUACAGAUGAUUGCCAAUUUUCGGUGACAGUGCGCAGGUCUAGUGCAGAUGAAACAUUGCCCCCGACUACGGGACAGCCGACUACGGGACAGCCGACUACGGGACAGCCUUCGGGUAGCACUGCGCUCGUCACCUCAUGUUCUUCCGUUCUUCUAGUCCUUUGCAUCACCCUCUUCCUCAUCGUCUUCAAAUAGGUCAUUGAUCGUCCUCACAUCUUCGCCCUCUUCAUUUAAGCUGGUUGGUCGUUUAAUACCUGUGCAGAGCCACGGCGAGAAAAUGCAGAAAACAAAGAGUGGUGCUGUGCUCUUGCUCAAUUGUCUAUGUCGUUGAAUAAUAAAGAUAUGAAUAGGGCUAGGUUUGUAAGAAGGUAAGGUAAAGUUUCUAAUAGGUUAGGUUUAGUUUUCUAGGUAGUGUUAAUUUUUGGAAUUCGGUGAUCCCGGAGGAUUUUUUUUUACAGGGAAAAUUAUCGUAGAAUCGAAUAAAAAAUGGCGAUGUGCCCAUCAGUGACGUAGUUCUUAUCUUUCACUAUUGUACUGCGGUUUGAGUGUAAAGGAUAGGUUGAGGAGUUUCCGAUAUCGAAGUUGUUUAUGCGUCUGGAAAUCAUUGUUAUUUAAGUAAAAUAUGUGGUGGUAUAUAUAUAUAUAUAUAACUUUGUAUAUGGAUUACGUUAGUAGAGAAUUCCAUGUUUGUAAUUUAGUCGGAAUGUUCUGAUACUCCUAUAUAGUACGAAUGAAUUCAUAUGAAAAUCACAUAAAAAUUACAAUACAUGCAUUUAUAAUACUCUUAUAUAUCAGAUAUAAAGGCUACUUUACCAGGUAAAGUUUAGGCUCUGCAAUCCAAUAUUUCAUUAUCUUUUCAUGAGCUUGUUAACAGAAUUUGGAAUGGUUUGAAAACAAAGCACCUUGUUGCUUAUAAACUAUCUAUACACGCAAAUUUAUUUGGAAAGCUAUAUGAGGAUUUUUGCUCUUAUUUUUUAUCGUAUCAAAUCAGUCAAAUCUGUCCAACGACGUACGGUUCCGCUGGACGACUUGUGAACAAGAUAAUAAACUCUUUGAUUAACGAGCAAGAAACUUUACCUGGUACAUUCUUCCUCUAGUUAUCGUUAUAAACCAGCGCAUGGACUUGGUAUCGGAUGUCAUUUAUAUACCUGGUGGGGAUGAGUGUGUGUAUAAAUCGCAAUUAACCCUAUCACGAAGAGGCAUUCCUUUUUCAUUCUCCUUAUAAUAUAUGGCCUCUUUUCGCUCUUCUAUGCGCUUCUGCCCUCUCUCGUUCUAUAUCUCUUUACUUCUCCGUUCCCCCCACCCUUUCUACUUCAUUUUGCAUAAACGUGUACCUCUCACUUCGCAGAUUGCUGUGCCAUGACUAUCCACUCAUUUAUUUAGAGUGAAUUAGAGUGCUGUAUCUGUGUCAUGUCGUCAAGAUAUUAUUGGCUUACAUAUUGGUGUAAAUAAAAAUAAAAAUCUCAAGUAGAAAUGCACUGUAUACCACUUUUAUUAAGAUCUUGUUUGUAAUAUGGAUUUGUUUUGUUGGUUCUAUUAAGUGCAUGUCUGUGAUAUUAAUUAAACUUCUAAAUAUACAUGCUAGGAAGCAGUGUUGUUAAAUGCAUUAUUCACUUAGAAAUUGUUCUUUUUCAUGAAAGUAUAAAUAAAGGAAAAUGCGAUUAAAAUUUACUAUGUAUUAUGUCAAAAAAAAUGUUUUUUUAUUUAGGAAAUGAAAUGUAUUUCUUUGAUGUCGUGUAAUCCUUUAAUGUAAGAAUUCCUUCAACAUAGCCAAUACAUCUUCGAAAAUAACAUUAUUCUCUGUAGAAAUUAUAUGUAUUACAACAAAUAAAUAAAUACAAGAUGAAAAAAAAA